GAGUUUAAAUUCGGUACGCUUUACGUAGGGAGCUGGGAGUCUGGGACGGGACCGAGGGAGUAAGGCCCCUCGUCGUCUCAGAGGCCUGAAUCGAAGCUCACUCUCUCUCACCAAUGGCAACUCUAUCCCUCCUCUCUCUCCUCCUCCUCCUCCCCCUCUCUCUCCUCUUCCUCCUACUCCUCAUCCUUCGCCCCCGCCCCGUCAAGAUCCCCAUCAAGGACCGCCACGUCUUCAUCACCGGCGGAUCGAGCGGCAUCGGCCUCGCCAUGGCCCACCAGGCCGCCUCCCAGGGCGCCCGCGUCUCCAUCCUCGCCCGCGGCCGCGACAAGCUCGAGGAGGCCCAGCGCGAAAUCCGCCUCGCCACCGGCAUCGACGUCGCUGUCUUCAGCGCCGACGCGCGCGACUUUGUGGCCGUCAAGGCCGCAGUCGAGGAGGCCGGGCCGAUCGACGUGCUGGUGUGCAACCAGGGGGUCUUCGUGCCGUCGGAGCUAGAGAAGCAGGCGAUGGAGGAGGUGAAGUUUAUGAUCGACGUGAAUUUGAUCGGGACGUUUCAUUUGGUCAAGGCGGCUCUGGAUGGGAUGAAGAAGAACCGGAGGGAACGUGGACCGGGUUCGAUUGCGUUUAUGUCGUCGCAGGCCGGCCAGGUAGGUAUAUAUGGCUACACUGCUUAUUCAGCUAGUAAAUUUGGCCUCAGGGGCAUGGCAGAAUCAUUGCAACAGGAAGUUAUUGCAGAUAAUAUUCACGUCUCCCUAAUAUUUCCCCCGGACACCGAAACCCCUGGUUUGGCAGAAGAGGAGAAGAAAAAACCACAGUUGACCAGUAUCAUAGCAGCUUCCUCGGGUGCCAUGAAAGCUGAUGAAGUUGCUAAGAAAGCUUUGGAUGGAAUCAAGUCUGGUAGUUUUUUUGUGCCAUGCAACUUCGAGGGAAUCCUACUGGCCAUUGCAACUGCUGGUCUAUCCCCUCAGAGAUCAUUGUGGAUGGCGUUUGUUGAGGUGAUUGCUGCUGGGAUCGCACGUAUUGCAGCUCUAUACUUCCAAUGGAGUUGGUAUGGAAGCAUAGAAAAGUGGCAUGCACAUAAGAAAUAGUAAGUAUCUUUUAAAGUUGCUCUCUUGUUUGGAAGAUACACAUUCCCCAAUAGCUUCAUUGAUUCUCCGAAUUUCCUCCAGUAUAAUUAGUUUCAUUCAAGUACUUGUGGAAAAAACAAACAAAAGAAGUUUAGUUGGGAACUUUCUAAAAGGGAUGAUAAUGAUAUGCUAAAUUAGCUUUAUAUUAUGUGCCAUUCCUUUUUUAUUGGUUAUUAUGUGUGUAAGGAACCUCCACAUUUUUAUUGUGGAACCUCCGUAUUUGAACUCAUAAGCACCACUACCCAAGUUAAGCAGAAAGUUUUAGUGAUCUCCUUAGUCGCUGCUAUUUAUUUUAGUGUUGAUACUAAUUCAAGCAAAAGCUCGUCAGAUAUGUGAUUGUGUCAAUUUUGAACUCAUCAAGGUACACCCGAGUUUCCGAUAACAGUAGCAAUAUAGCUCGACUCGACCCCUUCUUCAUCGAGAGUUCAAGGGGAACAUUGUCCAAACAUUAUGGUAUUUUAUACAAGCCUUUUUGUUACAGGCUUCAUUUUUGUACUGACCUAAGAUUUUUCUCUUGUGCUUCCCAAAAUAAUUCUGGAAGCUUUGUUUCUCUUUUGAACUUGGAAACUGUUUCACAUACAUUGUAAUCCUCAAUGUAGAACUUCUUUGAGCUGAGGUUCUGUUAGAUUCUUGAAGGACACUAAUUGAAGUAGUCUGAUAGAUUUGCUUUCUUGUACAAGAGAAAAAGAAAAAGAUUUAUUAGUAGCAGUUGCAGGUUCCCCGCUAUUUCCUUCCAGGCACGCAGUUGAAUGUGCUAUGUGCUGAAUUGUAUGUCUGUGAUCUAACAUGGUGUACCGAGGGAUUUAGAAAGCAUACUAAUGAAACAAUCCGUUUGGGAAGGUGCAAUUCUCUUAGAGUAAUAUUUUUUGUUUUGGUACACCUCUUAGAGUAACAUUGAGAUCUCAUACAUUGCUAGAAAUUUUGUUUAGCUUCCUCACUACAUGCAUGUCAUUUGGAAAGCCCACAUCUAAGUAAUCCAGGACGGAAGUAUUAAGGGGCGAGUUGGGGCAAUUGGCCCGCUUCCUUUUGGGAAAAACACUUGAGCCACAGCAUUUUUGGAGCAUUUAGAUUUAGAAAUUCCCUCCUAUUGAUAUUUAUUCCACCAUUAAAUCCUCGAUUUGUACUGCCCUAAUUUCUCAUCUACGCCACUUCCUUUUUUGUCUCCAAAUCUCUCUCCAGCACAUUCAUAUCUCUUGUCUCUAUGUCACGAUGGCCAUCAAACUUUCCUCCUCACAAAAUAUAUUUGCACUUCAGUUUAGUUACUUGAAUUGCUGAACUAGAAAAAGGUAUUUUGUUUGGUUAGAGGUAAAAAAUUGUCCCCGCUAGACAAAAUUCUUGGCUACGCCACUACAAGUAGUUGGUAUGAGGUACCUAGUAACAGUUGAGUGUAGCAUUCCCAAGAAUUAGAAGUCAUAUUUGUAACAGUAAUUAUUUUAAAAAAUUAGUCUAGGGUCCACUGUAGAAAACUUGUAACCCAGUUAGUCCACUUCUAAUGUUUAUAGACCCUCUAGUCCACUAAUGUAAUUUAGUAAGGCUUUAAGUCCAGUUUUUUUUAAAAAGAAAUUAAACCAAGACAAAAAUGCCCCUCUUAUAUAAGCUGUCAUAUAGAGAGAAACCCUAGACCACGAAGAAAUCUAGAGCACAGCCUCCUCUCUCCCUCUCUCUCUCUCGGCGAUGACCAGGGGCAAGUCCUGACCACUUCAUUGCCGAGCUUUUAAGAUCGGUGGGCCUACUACUCCUCCCCAUCGGCCUCCUCCUUGUCAUCGUAUUCCUCUCCUCCGACGCUGGCUCCGCCUUCUCCGGCCUCUUCUCCACCGGCGAACCCGACUCCAUCCACCGUGUCAUCACCCAUUGGAGUCGCCCUGUUUCUAGUUCUGAUCCUUUUUCUCCUUUUCAACCGGGUCUUCAUUUUCCACGGCGACGAUGGAUCGGAUGAGUAAUAUUGGUCGUGUUUAUUUAUGAUGAAUUAUUUAUUUAUUUAUUAUGAUAUCAUUUUCUCAUGUUUUCUUCUCUGUUUCUUAUAUUUAUUAGUACAUACGUAUAUAAAGUAUCGGUAUCUGUUUCUUCUAUGUUUUGUUUUUUGCAAAAUGAUGUAUUCCAUUGGAUAUCGAUUAACUUCGAACGAAAUUUUGAUAGCAUUAUGAAAUAUUGUUGAUCAUAUUAUAUAUGAUUGUGUUGGCAUAAAACACAUUCCAAACAUCCACAGAUAACUUUAUAUGUUUCAGAUCUAUCUUCGUUUUUUGAUAACGUACAGAGAACAAAUUGGGAGAUAUAAGAUUAUAUGUGCGCUUUUGUUAAUGUAUUAUCAAACAUAAGACAAGAACACAGAUUGUGACAUAUAAAUUUAUAUGUGCAUUUUUUCAACAUACGGAGAACAUUUUUGGCAUAGUACAAAGUCCAGUCUGUUCAAAUAUACACAUCUAAUAUUAUAUGUGCUUGUGUUGGCAAAAAAUAUGUUCCAGAUAUCAAUAGAUAACCUUAUAUGUCUCAAAUCUAUCUUUGUUUUUUAUAACAUAUAGAAGACAGAUUGGGACAUAUAAGAUUAUAUGUACACUUUUGUUAAUGUAGUACCAAACAUAAGACAAGAACGCAGAUUGAGACAGAUAACAUUAUAUAUUAAGGUGAGGCACGUUCAAGAAGGAAAUGACUCAAAAUAGAUGAUAAAAAGAAAAGAAAA